AUGCAUUUGCAAAGUCUCGGGUUCCAAUAGCAAAUUGAUGUAAAUGAGCUCGCCAUUAUUCUUGAUAAAGAUGCUAAGUCUCGUGCUCUAUUUGAAUUCUUGAUUGGCAAUAUUGGCACAGAGAUAUAAAAUUUUGAGAAGAAGAGCUAUGAGAACAUAUACAAUGAUAUUUAAAGAAAUUAAAUUAUAAGAGUCCUAGAUUAAGAACCUGACACUAAUCUAUAAAUUAAAGAGCUUGAAAAUGAGAUAAUGAUAUUGGAUGCAUAAACUGAAUUAAUCACUAAUAAAAUGGAGAGCUAAAACAAUAGAGAGAGUUUAGCUGGCAAUAAAAAUGAUUAGUAACAAAUGAUUGACUAGAUUAUCAGAGAACAAGGAAUAAAAGUUAAUGACGCAUGUGAAUAGGUUGAGUUAGAGACUCUAGAGAUCCAGGAAUUCUCUUCUAAAUUUAUUGAUGAAUACAUAAGUCUAUCUUAACAAGAAUAAACCUAGCACUAGUAAUAUGUCUUGAAAGCAUUACUAGAAUAGAAUAAAGAUAAAAUAUUAGUAUAGACUUUGAACAAUGUAUCAUAUCAACUAGACAACUAUCUCAAAGAAAAUCAAGAAUGGAUUAGUGAAAUACUUAAUCAACUUAGAGUGAACACUUAGAAUAGAGUAGAUAUCCAACAAUUAAGGUAAGACUCUGAGUAAAAUGAUAGUGAUGAGAUAGAGUAAAUUGAAUUAGAGAAGAAAUCUUUGCUGUCUGAAAUGGAGCUAUGUCAUAAUUAGCUAUUCAAGGUGUGGAAGGAUAAUCUUACGCAUUAAAUUAGUUAUUAACGUUGGAAAUAAACUUUCGAAUCUUUAGAAAAACUCAAGAAAACCAAAAAGUCAUUUAGUGCCCUCCCUUAAGCAGCUAAAUCAGAGGUAGAUAAUGACAAGUUUGCAAUAAUAUAAGAGCAGUUUAAGGAAACCUUUGAAUAAGUACUAUUUUAGCAUAAAGAACAACUUGAUUUGAAGUUUGAUAUUCUUAACUAAGAGAUUAUUGCUAAAACAGAAUUACUCCAGGACAACUAAGCUGAUCAAAUUUUGCUUUAAAAUAUUAAAUAAGUAGAGCAGAGGAUGACUGAGGUGCAGUCUAUUGUUAAUCUAGCCUAAAUUCUAGUAGAAUGGGAUUAAUAUGAAACACAAAUUAUAUUUGAUAAGCUUCAAAGAUUAGUUGAGUUAUGCUAGCAAAUUAGUGUGACAUAGGAGUAAAAAGAGGGGGAUUUAAAUGAUACACUAAAAGUAUAUCAUGAAAUGAAUAAUGAUAGGGCUACUCUAGAUGGACGGGAUAAGCUCCUUGUGGGAGUUAGUAAUUUAAUUGAAAAAUUUUCACCUGAGUCUAAAACACAUAAAGGCAAUAAGGACCUGUUUAUGUAUAAAUAAGAUUUAUUGGACUAAAUGGAAGAAAUAGCAAGCAAAGAGAGAUAACUUAAAGAAUAAAAUUAAGUUGAAAACAUUGAUAAAAAUCUUAUGAGUACAAUAUAUGAGAUAUUGAAACAGUCAAAAUCGUUGAAAAAAGGAGAAAUUUUAGGUCAUUACAUGGCAAGUGAUGAUUAGUAUAAGUUGCUUACUAUGCUAUUAAACCAACUAUAGAGCAAUUUAAGCGAUUAGAGUAGGAUUUUAAAGGAUGAUUAGAUUAUGAAUUAAGUUUAAAAGAAUGGCUUGAUUAUAAGAUAAGAGGAAGUCAUCACAGAUUUUUUAAAUCAUAAAUCAGAAAAGAUCAAAGCUAUAUUAAAGUGA